GGGCUUCUGGGAGCCGAGCCUCGGGGUCUAGGGUAAGGGGCUCAGGUGGCCGCCAUCUUGAGUGGGAACGGGGUCGCUACAGAGUGGCCGUCCCUCUGUUAUCCACAGCAGACGUCGCCGCUGGAGACUGGAAAGUCUGGGCACUGGAGCGUAUCACAUUGAUGGAUGCCAUGGCAAGUCCAGGGAAGGAUAACUAUAGAAUGAAAAGUUAUAAGAAUAAAGCCCUGAAUCCUCAAGAGAUGCGUAGACGCAGAGAAGAAGAAGGAAUACAGCUUCGAAAACAAAAACGGGAAGAACAGUUGUUCAAACGCAGAAAUGUCUCUUUACCCAGAAAUGAUGAGUCUAUGCUAGAAAGUCCUAUACAGGAUCCGGAUAUCAGUUCCACUGUACCCAUUCCAGAGGAAGAAGUCAUUACUACAGAUAUGGUUCAGAUGAUUUUUUCUAAUAAUGCUGAUCAACAGCUAACAGCAACACAGAAAUUUAGAAAGCUGCUUUCUAAAGAACCUAAUCCGCCAAUUGAUCAAGUUAUACAGAAACCAGGAGUCGUACAGAGAUUUGUGAAAUUUCUUGAAAGAAAUGAAAAUUGUACUCUACAAUUCGAAGCUGCAUGGGCAUUGACUAAUAUAGCUUCUGGAACGUUUCUGCAUACCAAGGUAGUGAUUGAAACUGGGGCCGUUCCAAUUUUUAUCAAACUUCUUAAUUCUGAACAUGAAGAUGUUCAAGAACAGGCAGUUUGGGCACUUGGUAACAUUGCAGGUGACAAUGCAGAAUGCAGAGAUUUUGUAUUGAAUUGUGAAAUACUUCCACCUCUUUUAGAGUUAUUAAAAAAUUCUAAUAGACUUACAACAACAAGAAAUGCUGUGUGGGCCCUCUCAAAUUUAUGUAGAGGCAAAAACCCUCCUCCAAACUUUAGUAAGGUUUCACCUUGUUUAAAUGUUCUGUCACGAUUAUUGUUUAGCAGUGACCCAGAUGUGUUAGCAGAUGUGUGUUGGGCCCUCUCUUAUCUCUCCGAUGGACCCAAUGAUAAAAUUCAAGCAGUCAUUGAUUCUGGAGUGUGUCGAAGAUUGGUGGAACUUUUGAUGCACAAUGAUUACAAAGUUGUAUCACCUGCCUUACGGGCAGUUGGUAAUAUUGUGACUGGUGAUGAUAUUCAGACACAGGUAAUUUUGAAUUGUUCUGCAUUACCCUGUCUCUUACAUUUAUUGAGUAGCCCAAAAGAAUCAAUUAGAAAAGAAGCUUGCUGGACAGUUUCUAACAUCACUGCUGGAAAUAGAGCUCAGAUUCAGGCAGUUAUAGAUGCAAAUAUUUUUCCUGUUUUGAUUGAGAUUCUUCAGAAAGCAGAGUUUCGCACCAGAAAAGAAGCAGCUUGGGCUAUAACUAACGCAACAUCAGGAGGCACUCCGGAGCAGAUAAGGUAUUUGGUAGCUUUAGGCUGCAUUAAGCCACUAUGUGACCUUUUGACUGUUAUGGACUCCAAAAUAGUCCAAGUGGCUUUAAAUGGACUUGAAAAUAUUUUACGUCUUGGAGAACAAGAAUCUAAGCAGAAUGGAAUAGGCAUUAAUCCAUACUGUGCUCUCAUUGAAGAAGCAUAUGGUCUGGAUAAAAUUGAGUUUCUGCAAAGCCAUGAAAAUCAGGAAAUUUACCAAAAGGCUUUUGAUCUGAUUGAACAUUAUUUUGGUGUAGAAGAUGAUGACCCCAGUAUUGUACCUCAGGUGGAUGAAAAUCAACAACAGUUUGUAUUUCAGCAGCAGGAAGCACCAAUGGAUGGAUUUCAACUUUAACUUGGUGGAGGAAAAAAAAAAUAAUGGCCGAAAAGGGUAGCUUUGGAUAUCUCUUCUUUGUUGCCAGUGUUAGUAGGAAAUUGUUGUUUUUUUACAUAUACUAGAAAAGGAAGAAUUUGAUGCACUAUUAUAAAGCAAAACAAAACAAAACGAAAGUUUCCGUUCAGUCACGACCUUUCUUUGUAGUUUGUUGUUGUAUGUGCCUGUAUUUAUGUCUCUUAUUGUUUGGAUUUUCGUAUCUAUAUGUGAACAAUUAAAUACAUUAUGCAAUUAUUUAAUAGUUUAAGCUUGAAAAGAGAACUUCGGUAAAGUAUUAAUAAUUCUGAAUUUUUCAAGUAUUCUGGAAAACUGCACAUUAGCGGUAUAGCUGUUGAUAAUUGCAUUUUGGUAGUUAAGUCUUACACAUCCAAUCUUUACUAAAUCUACCUCUAUCUUGAAGCAAAAAACAAAAACGAAAAAAGCUUCAGAAGCAUGACAUAUAUAACAGCUAAAUUACAAUGUGAAAGCAUUUAUUACCUUAAAUUAUAAAUCACUGUGCUGUAGAUUAUACUUUGCAGGAAAAAAAUUACAACAGAAAACCUAUAACAUUUAUUUGUGAAAAACAGAAAAAGUAUUGUACUCAUAAUCAGUUAAAAUGUGGCAAUUGUGAAGAGAGAAGCUGUUCUUCAUGUUGAACACAUUAAAAAGAUUAUUAAGAAUUUCAAUAUUUGUGUUUUUAACAUAUAAAUGCUAUUAUAUUAAUAUAUUUUGUAUUUCAACCAAAUAUGCCACCAUUUUCGAAAUAGUGUUUUAUUAUUUUUUCACUGUUCACUUUAAAGAGCAUCAUGAUAGAGAUGCCAUCAUGAAUCUAAAGUAGUGCUGCAUAUCUAAAAUAAUACUGUAAUUAUUUCUCUGAUUUUUCAGAAGAGUAGUGAAAAGCUUCCUUUCUGUACAAUAAUAAAUGUAGAUACUUCAAUGAUCGAAUUAUCAUGAAGAAAUAACCUUGUUAUGUAUUGAAUUUUAUUAAAUGCAUUUAACAUUUGGUUACUACAUGAUGAUAAUGAAAAUUAGGUAGCAUUCUAUAACAUGGUUGAAAUCUAUAUUAGAAUUUUUUCUUUUAUAGAGGGUCAUACUGCUGCUUGUUAUGAAUCAUGUUUUAGAUUACAUUUGUAUCAGAUUGGUCAAUAGAAUGUGUUUUAUGAAUUAACAACAAAAUCCUCUUUGAACUAUGAAAGUUUAAAAGAAAGAUUUCAAUAGAAAUAUAUAUAUUUAUUUAUAGAUACAUAUACGUGUGUGUAUGUUACUCUCACAGCUUCAUAGAAUUUCUAAGCAGAUUAUGGUACUGUUGAACUAAGUCUUUUAAUUUAUAGUUAUAUGCAGGCUAUUUACAUUUCUGAUUAUAUACCUAGCAUACUUAUUUAAAACUUAGUUUACAGCUCUUUUAAAAUGAUAACUAAAGCAAUUUUGAUAUGAUUCAUAAUCUAUUCUGUAAAGAGUUCAUUUAUGAUGGCAUUUAUAAUGUUUCUGCUGGAAAUCAGAGGCAUAUUCCAAGAGGAAAAUGUAUAUAGGAAUACUUUUAAAUUGUGUGACACUUUGUAAAUUACAUAUCAUGAAACUAAGCUUCUGGCAAGACAGAGAAACCUACAACUGUAAAAUACAGGUUUAAAUGGUGUCCAUAAUGCUGUGUGCAUCUGCCAACCCUUUUUUAUACUGUUAAGUUGAAGAUUGUAGCUGUGCUCUUUUUAAGUAGUGAAAGUUACAUAGUUGAGUAUAAAAAGUUUUUCUUUUUCAUUAUAUAUUAAAAAGUAAACAGGGUAGUUAAAGAUUACCAAAUUGAUGGCAAAAUUAUCAGAUAAACACUUUUUUGUGGUACAGAUGGUUCUAAGUAUCAGGUGACAGGGUACUCUUUCUAAUCAAUUGAAAUUGAUAAUGCAGCAUAAUUCAUAAACUAACCAGCUGUGCCUGCUUUUAUUUUGAUUACCCCAAAGUUACUAUAAUAAAUCUCCAAGCCAAAUUUUUCAAACAAAAUAGUUCUUAUAGAAGAAAUAAUAUAUGUUGUGUGUGCACACACAUAGAAUGACCUGUGAGGGGAGACUUUAAAACUUUUGCCAGUAAAACAAACGUAUCUCUAAGUACAGAAUUUGACAUACUUUAUAAGCAUUUAAAUAUAAAGUUAUAUUUGAUCUUUUGGAUUUUUUUUGGUAAUUAAUAUUAUAUAUUUGAAUGCAAAGGAUACUGUCUACUAGUUGGGACCAGCUCUAGGCCUGGUAUUGUAUUUAUUGGAUCAGGCUAACAAUAUUUUGUUACUACAUUUUUUAAAAAAAUAUGACUACUCUUUUCAAACGUACCAUUUAAAAGGGUCUGAAAUGUGUUUUCAUUAUUCUUUACUGGCCCUUAUGGAAAAACAAAAAUCUUUUCUUACUUUUCCAAGAUUUGUUAUAUUUAAAGCUAGGAGAAACUGUGUCAAAAAAUUAAUAAAAUGUGGUAUAAAGGAGAAUGCAUGCAGCAUUACUGCAAAUCCAGGAAAAUACUUGAAAUAGUCCUUAUCCUUUAUUUAAUUAAAUUUGAUGUGUUAUUGUAUUUGAAUUUGAAUUUCUACUGGUUAAUCUAUGCACUUUUGCCUGCUUGUUUAUAUUUACAAGUACUUGAUUCACUGGCCUGGUCUUCUUUACUAUAAGUUUUAUUUUGAAAAAUUGUUUUAAUUUUUAGUGUUCUUAAAUUUUACUGUCAUUUCUUCACUUACUGGUAGCACCAGAACAAGAAAGCAGAAAAAAAAAAAAAAGUAAUAAAAUCUUCUGCUUCAGAAAUAACAUCAUUUGGUAACUGUAAAACCUAUUCGCAGUUAAAGGUAGAUUUAUUGGACAAAAGUCUAAAAGAAGCAUAUAAUGCCUUUCUCUUUAUAUUUUUCUUCUUUAAAGAAGGGGCAUUAUGGAAAAAAUAAAUAUAAAAAGUCUUAGUGAAUUUUUGUUAUUCUAAAUUUAAUCUACUGGCUGCUUAAUUGUGAAACUCUGAAAUCAGAUAGUUGUCAACCUUUAUUCGUUUUUAUUUAUAUAGCAUUACUGUUUUAUGAAAUGUGACAUUUUAGGAGCCAAUGUAAUAGGGCUCUAAAAACAGAUAGUAUGUCUUCAAAUUCUGACUUGGCGGGUAAGAUGAGGGGAAGAUAUUCUUACCUAAGUAAACCAACAUUUGAGCAGUAUGCAAUAUUAUGAACUGUUACGGCACUAUAUUAAAAAUAAUAAAAUACUAUUUUACA